GUUGUUUGGCAGGUUCCUAACUGGUUGACAUAUGAUUUUCCUCCAGCUAUUAAGACCAAAGUGAAUCGCCUCUGGGGAGGUGAAUGGCAUGGGCAGGCACAGAAGUGGUUUAUUUCUUCUUGCCUUCUUUUCUUUUUCUGUAGAAGUACAUUUGUGGCCUAGAUUUGCUUUUGUUUAUAUUUGCAUUCACCCUACUAAGAGAGUAGCUUGUGUAGAUCAGUUGACGGCUAAAACUACAGACAUAGAGGGCCAAGAGUCAUUACCAGAUGAAAGUGAGAUCAACUUGGCAACUGGGGAAGCAGAUCCAGAAUUUGCUGAGUGGAAAUGGGCAAACCCUGAAGAAGUUAUAGAACAGGUAGAUGGAACAAGGAUCUUGUAUCUGAUCUGAGGCACCAUUUUGAUUUCCUAAGAUCUUAUAAUCAUAUUGCCUGUCAAUUUUCUCCUUGCCAAUAUGCAUUUUUGGUAUAUUUUGAAUGAAAAUGAAAUUUGUUC